AUGGCGUUCAUGGCCAAGACCGUAUCUGAGCGAACGCAGCCUACUCAGCGGCAAUCGAUCCAGGAGAACAACUUUACUGCACAUGUCCACGCACGUCCUGCUGUUGAUGGUAUCAGUGGUGUGUUGGUAUCUGACAGCGAGUACCCUGUGCGUGUGGCGUUCUCCCUGCUGAACAAGCUGCUGGAAGAGUUUCUGAUGAAAGUGCCCAAGUCGUCUUGGCAAGCACAAGCCAUGGACAUUGCAUCGACAGGUUCUAUCCCGUCAAAAGGCGAUGGAAUCGUGCGUACAAGUGACUUUCCCUUUGCACAGGACUAUCUCGCUCGUUACCAGGACCCGCGACAGGCCGAUACCAUCUUGCGUGUGCAGCAAGAGUUAGACGAUACCAAGAUUGUGCUGCACAACACGAUCGAUUCUGUACUUCAGCGUGGUGAAGACCUUGACAAGCUUGUCGAGAAAAGUGGUUCGCUCAGCCAGCAAAGUAAAAUGUUUUACAAGUCCGCUAAAAAGGUGCGUAUGAGUGUAUUUAUGUGUGGCGCUUUGCGUCUCUUUCCGUAUUCGUGCUGCGGUUUCAUGUAG